GUACAGCAGUACUAUUUUGCUCACAAAAAUCGGUCCGUAUCCAACCCUCGACGGGAAUGAACCAAACCCGUAUAUCCUUCCCUUGUUCUUCUAUUCUAUUUCCACUCGAAAACCCUAACCGGUACGGGAACUAGGGUUUCGCCAAUUCACUGUUCCACUAAGCAAAUCUAGGGCUUUUUCGUCGAGCUCACUCGUUCGGACAUCAUCUUCAAGGUUCCAAACAACCUUGAAGCAGGAGAGUCGGAGAAUGGACUUCGACGAGUACGAUUACCUGGAGAAGACCGUUGAAGAAGGCGAGAAAGACGGGUCGUCUGCGAAGAAGAGCAAGGACGGAGGUGAGAAGAGCGAGAAAGGGUACAGGAGGAGAGAGAGGAGUGUCGAAGACGGAAGCGGCGACGAGGAGGGCUUGAAGAGUAAGAAAUCCAGAGGCGAAGAAGAGAAUGGCGGGAAGAGAGAGCGGUCGUCGCGUUCGGAGCGCGGACGGGAGGUAGAGAGAGACAGGGAUCGGCAUAGGAGUGGCAGGGACGGAGAUAGGGAGGUAGAGAGAGAGAGGGAUCGCGGGAGGGAGAAGGAGAAGGAGCGGGGGUCGAGAGAGAAGGAUAGAGAUAGAGAGAAGAGAGAGAAGGAGAAAGAGAGGGAGAGGGAGGGAAGAGAGAAAGAGAAGGAGAGAGAGAAGGACAGGGAGAGAAGAGAUAGAGAGAGAGACAAGGAAGGGGACAGGGGGAGAGAGAGGGAGAAGGAUAAGGAGAGAGAAAGGGAGAGGAGAGAAAGAGACAAGGAUGUCGACAGAGAGAAGGACAAGGAGAAGGAGAAGGAGAGAGAGAAGGAAGGGUCACGGAGAAGCAGGAGUCGGUCGUCGAGGAGGCCAGAGGGUGAUCGUGAAAGAGAGAAGGAGGUUUUGAGAGAGAAGGAAAUUGAUUUUGAAAUGAGAGAUAGCAGGAGAUUCAAAGAUAAGAAAGAAGCUGUAGAGCCUGAAGCUGAUCCAGAAAGGGACCAAAGAACUGUUUUUGCUUAUCAGAUGCCUCUGAAGGCGACAGAGAGGGAUGUUUACGAGUUUUUCUCCAAAGCUGGCAAGGUUAGAGAUGUUCGUCUAAUCAUGGAUCGCAAUUCAAGGCGUUCGAAAGGAGUUGGGUAUAUUGAAUUUUAUGAUGCAAUGUCUGUGCCGAUGGCUAUAGCGCUCUCUGGUCACCUACUUCUUGGACAACCUGUAAUGGUUAAACCAUCAGAAGCUGAAAAGAAUCUUGUUCAAUCUAAUGCCACUAGUGGGGUUUCAGUUGCAGGACCCUAUGGUGCAGCUGAUAGAAAACUCUAUGUGGGGAAUUUACAUUUCAAUAUGACGGAAUUUCAGCUUAAACAGAUUUUUGAAGCUUUUGGGCCGGUUGAGGUUGUGCAACUACCUACUGAUCCUGAGACGGGACACUGCAAAGGUUUUGGGUUUAUUCAGUUCGCUCAACUGGAACAUUCCAAGGCAGCACAAAGUUUAAAUGGAAAAUUGGAGAUUGCUGGUCGAAUUAUCAAGGUUUCCUCAGUCACAGAUCAUGUCGGAGCUCAAGAUCCGGGAGCCAAAGCAGCUGACUUUGAUGAUGAUGAUGGGGGUGGUCUGUCUCUAAAUGCUCAAUCAAGAGCAUUGCUUAUGCAGAAGCUCGAUCGUAGUGGCACUGCCACAAGUAUUGCGGGUUCUCUUGGAGCGCCGGUGUUUAAUGGUACAUCUUCAAAUCAACAAUCCAUCACCUUGCCGAUGAAUGGGCAACCUUCAGUCGCUGUUCCUGCUCUUCCUGCACUUUUGACAACUUUGGCCCCAGAGCCUAUUGGGAAGCCUAGCGAGUGUUUACUUCUGAAGAAUAUGUUUGAUCCAGCGACUGAGACGGAUCCUGAGUAUGAUCUGGACAUUAAAGAAGACGUUCAAGAAGAAUGUUCUAAUUAUGGCCGUGUGAAGCAUAUACACGUUGACAAGAACAGUGCUGGUUAUGUGUAUCUGCGGUUUGACACAGUGGAAGGAGCAUCAGGUGCUCAACGAGCUAUGCAUCAGAGAUGGUUUGCCCGCAGGUUGAUAUCUGCCGUGUUCUUGCAACCAUACGAAUACGAUGCCAAAUUUAAAGGUACAGCCUGAACAAUGCUGAAAAUUUCCUCAUGUUUGAGCGGGCAGCUUGUUUAAUUUUACUUUUUGGCUUAGGUGAAAUUUUGCAAAAAUGCGUUGGGUGUAUCAUAACUGUGGAUCUAUACCAAUGGCAAGUACUUGCAAUUUUUUCCAGAUUAUAUUUGGUUUAAUUGUAACCUUGAAUUGGUCAUCGAAAUAGUUAUUGCUCCUAAGUUGAUUCUUCUUGCUUGUCAUGGUCUUUUGUAAUAUGAACUACUCCAUAUGUUUGAAAAUUGUGGAAAAUGCAACAGUUCUUUGUUAAA